AUGGAGGCCAUAUCGAGACCCAGCUCGCUCAGUGCUGCUGCCCAGCAAAUAUCCGAUGCGGUGAACGGCCAUGAAUCAGACCUCCACGUCAUCAACAAAAAGAUUCAUAGCAAUCCCGAGACGUGCUAUGAGGAGUUCCAAGCUCAUGACGUCAUUGUUGAUUUCCUUGAAAAGCGAGGCUUUGGAGUCACAAAAAAUGCGUUUGGCUUGCAAACCGCGUUUCUUGCUGAGUACGGGCAAGGAGGUCGAAUCGUGACAUUUUGUGCGGAAUACGAUGCAUUGCCUCAGAUCGGGCAUGGUUGUGGCCACAAUUUGAUCGCCGUCUCAUCUAUCGCCGCUUUCCUGGGAACCGUCGCAGCGUUGAGAGAAUCAUCGUCUCCUGGACGAGUCCAGUUACUCGGAUGUCCCGCUGAAGAAGGAGGUGGUGGAAAAUUGAAAUUAAUCGAGGCUGGUGCUUUCGCGAAUGUUGAUGCCGCCUUGAUGAUUCACCCUACACCACCGGUUGAUCACUCCCGACCGGAGAUUGCUGGUAUAUCCUAUGGGACUUGCCUGUCGGCCUGUGGGGUGAAUGCCACUUUCAUUGGCAAGCCUUCCCACGCUGCGGCAACGCCUUGGGAGGGUAUUAACGCGCUGGAUGCUGCGACAUUGUCUUAUACGGCAGUCGGUUUGCUUAGACAGCACAUUAGACCAAGCGAUCGUAUCAACAUUAUUAUGCCCGAAGGGGGUACUGCGCACAAUGUCAUUCCGGAAAGAAGCAGGAUUCGAUGCAAUGUGCGAUCUGAAACGGCGGCACAGAUGAACUCGCUCAAGACCCGCGUGGAAAAUUGCUUCAAGGGCGCAGCUACUGCGACUGGAUGCACCAUGGAGCUAAGCGUGGCGAUGGCUCCUUAUACGGAUAUUCGGCCAAACGAAGGACUAUGUACGGAGUUCGCCGAUGCCAUGCAGAAAUGGGAACGGCAGUUUGUUUGCAAUCUGGAGGAUAAAAUCCUCAGUGCAUUCAGUACCGACAUGGGCAAUGUGAGUUACAAAGUACCUUCUUUCCAUGGAAAUUUCAGUAUUCCGACGGCACCUGGUGUUGGACUUCAUACGGAGGAAUUCAGAGAUGCAGCGGGGACCCCAGAAGCGCAUGAAGUAUCCAUGGGUGUCGGAAAAGGAAUGGCAAUUACAGGAUUCCGAGUUCUCGAGGACGAGCAAUUUGCUUCCCUAGUCAAGCGCAAUUUUGAGGCGGACAAGAAGUUGAGGUAA